AUCGAUGCACCGCAUCAUUUUCGAACGCGAUUGCGUGUUUGAUAGUGUGUUGUGGUAUAAUUGACUAUUUUGAGGAAAGAGCAAUUUUUUAUGAUGUCGUAAAUAAUGCAAAAAAUACAGUCUAUGACAAAGCAUAAUAUGGCAAUAAGUCGCGACUUUUGUCGAGUUACCGCGAUAUAAUGCGAGUAAUACGUGACACGGUGACGUGCGGCUACUCUUUAUCUGAAAUGUAUCAAUCUUAUCGCGACUCCUUGGCGAGACUCUCUCGAAGCUUCCAAUGUUUGACAACUCUGGCCACAAAAGCGUGGAAUUCAACUCCGCCUGAUUUGUAUACUUUGAAACGGCGACGGUUCAGAAACAUCUGGUAUUAAGCAUGAACAAGUCUGUGGAGAAUUUGUUGAUCUCUAGUCACGAGGUAAUCAGUAGUAUCAAUUCUUCUGGUUUGGGAAAUCAGAGUUCUACAGGAAAUUUAGGGAACACUUCAUCUGUGGAAAAUGUUCAGGAAACAUCCACUGGUGGUGAUCGUAACAGUCCUGUGUCCAGUCCCAACUUGUCCCCACGUCCUAGUCCAAGAGCUCAUUCCAGACGAGAAUAUUCCAGAUUAAAUUCAGAUUCAUCUGCCAAAGAAUCACUUCGCACAAAUAAGUCUGACGAUCAACUAUCUCAAGAUGUAAUAAGUAGAUCGUCUGACUCAGCUGAUCUUAAUAAAAGUUCCACUCAUGAGAAUAAAAAAGAGACACGUAGCGGUGAUCGCAGUAAAAAGAAAUCUUCCUGGUAUAAUGUACUUUAUCCAACUUAUAAGUCUCGUUCCGAGGACUUUAAACGAAUAUUUAAAGAUGUACCCGAUGAUGAGAGAUUGGUAGUAGAUUAUUCUUGUGCUCUGCAGCGUGAAAUAUUGGUACACGGUAGACUUUAUGUGUCUCAAAACUAUGUGUGUUUUUAUGCUAAUAUAUUCAUGUGGGAGACAUUGGUCUCCUUACGCUGGAAAGAUGUCACAUCUAUUACCAAAGAGAAAACUGCUCUUGUCAUUCCGAAUGCUAUCCUGAUAUGCACCGUUACUGAUAAAUUCUUCCUAACAUCGUUUGGUGCAAGAGAUAAAACAUAUGUUAUGUUAUUUCGUGUUUGGCAAAAUGCUCUUAUUGGCGAGCCAAUGAGUAUGGCUGAAAUGUGGCAACUUGUACAUGCUUGCUAUGGUGACGAAUUAGGCUUGACAUCCGACGACGAAGAUUACGUGCCGCCGUUACCUGCAGCAGACGAGGACAAAUUGUCAACUCGUCUUUCCGUAGAGUCCUUUUCCGAGGCUGAAGCAGCCACCAUGGAAAAUUCGAUACCUGCGGAUCCCUCUGAUCAUAUUGCUGAACCUCAACUGCAAGUUCCAAUACCUAAACCGGAAUCUGUUCUUGAUCCAACGGAUUUGAGUGAUACAACAGAAAGCGAGGCAGAAAAACAUGGCUUGAAAAUGAAUAUACGGGGCACCAUGGUCUGUACUUCUCUGCAUGAAGGUCGGCAAGUUAACAAAGCAACAAUACCUAUUCACAUCGACCAACUGUUCACCCUGCUCUUCACAAACUCGAAAUUUUUCUUAGAUUAUCAUACUGCGCGCAAAACUACUGAUUUAGUACAAUCGGCAUGGACGCAAAACAAUCAAACUAAUCAAAAGAUGAGAACCAUUUCAUACACGAUGUCUUUGACACAAGCUAUUGGACCAAGGACUUGUCAAGUUACGGAAACACAGGUGAUGUUACCAUGCAGUAGACCGGGCCAUCUUUAUUGCAUUGAUGUAGAAAGUAUUAAUGCCGGUAUACCUUACGCCGAUUCCUUUAGCGUCUUUACUCAUUAUUGUAUGAACAAUAUUUCCGAGAAUGAGACAAGUCUUUUAGUUUACUCGCAGAUUAAGUAUAAAAAGAGUGUGUGGGGUUUCAUGAAAAGUGUGAUCGAAAAGAAUUGUUGGGCAGGCUUAGAUGAUUAUUUCACUAAUUUAACAAAAGCACUAACGGUGGAGUGCGAAGAAGGUAGCGGAAGUGGAGGAUUAAAGAGGAAAACGAGAAAACGAAGGCGCGCAGCGGGUGUAGGCUCUACUCAGACUCACGCUUCCGAUCAUACAUCUGCAAAUCAUCAAAUUUCUCCUUCAAACUUGCCGCACAUUCACACUGCUAGUACUAGAAGCGAUACCAAUAUAAUUCUUAGUUCAAUGUUACUGGUUGCUGUGUUGUGUUUAGUGGUAAUUAACGGCUUAUUGUAUUAUAAAUUAUGGGGAUUAGAGGAAGCUGCUGCAUAUACCAUUAUGGACCUACAUGUACUCAAAAAUACGCCAAAGACUGAAGAAGAUUGGAUUAACCUUUUACAGCAGCAAGAAAGUUUGCACAACGUAGAGAUGAGGAAAUGGCAAAGAGUUUUGCACACAGCUGCACAAUUACUUAGACAAACAGAAGAAUCUUUAACGGAACUACAAAUGAGUAUUCAUCCUACUGCAACGGAAAAAAUGUUCUCCGUAUUGAAACCAAGCUUAAAGAGUCUCAAUGCACAUACGGACCGGCGAAGCAAGUCGGAAAUGUAAAAAUUUACAUAUAUUAAGUAAUUGUAAGAAUAACACAAAUUUUACGCAUAAUGUGUCGAUUCGCGUUUACCGAUAAAUCUUCGCAUCUAAAAGCUGUUAAAAUGUGUAUUUUUUCUAUUAUUCUUAUUUUAAGAUUGUCUAUAGUUCUCCGUACGCUAUAUAUGUGUAUAGUUCUACGAAUUACUGCGACUGUUAUGUAGCAAAUAUUCAUUGUAUAGUACAUAUAUUGAAUGUAAACUUGCUUUAUAAUUCAGGCAUUGUAAAGAUAACAUGAUAUCAAAAAUAAUAAAUGAUUUUUAGAACA